AUGAAGCCCCCAAGUAAACCUUCCAAAACACACAGAAUCUCGCACGUCUGCGACCAUUGCCGUCUCCGCAAGCUCAAAUGCAGCAAAGACAAGCCUUCCUGUGCUCGUUGCGCAAAGCUCGGCCUGCAAUGUGUCUACACCCCGUUUCGACAAAACAAUCGCGAUCCAACAACCGUCAAAUCUCUGGAAUCGGAGCUUUCCUACGUGAAGGCUCAAUUAGCAGCUUGUUCCAAAGCCCUGGGUGACACGCAAGCCACUGUCACAGUGCAAGCCACUCCCAGGAAGCGCCAUAUCAACUGGACUAAUCUAGUGCGUCCCGUACGCGUUCAUGGCGUUUGGAGGACUUACUACGCUCCUUUCAGCGAUUUGGCGUUGUUCGCACGCGACCCACGUUCCAAGAUUCGCGUGGCAGACCUGUUUGAGCAAAAAGAAGAAUUCCCCAAGCACCUCAAUCAAAAAGAAGAGCUUGUACUCAGUAUGACAAGACUUCUCCCCGAACGACAUAUUUUACGCGAAAGCAAGCUCGCGUUCGAAACUAACUUUUACCCAAGCUAUCCCUUUUACAAUUUGACCACCUUCCAAGAAUAUCACGAAGCUUUAAUUCAAAAGCCUUUACUCAUUGAAACAAACACAACGUCAAUAUGUUACUUUGUUAUGACAUUUUUGAUGCUUUGUCUCACUGAAAAACUCGCUAUCGACCCUGAUUUAAUUGACGGGUGGAUCCAGCAAACACAUAUUGCGUCACACCCUAGUGAAGGCAAUUUGGCCUGUUUGCUGUAUCUAAGCCUUUAUUCGAGUCCCAUGAGACUCUCUUUAAGUUCCAAGACAAGACUGUCGAACGACAUUUGCCGAAUGGCUCUGGAGAUGGGGCUUUUCAACUCUGCAAAAUCUCUGAACAAUAUCGACCUGCGACAAAAUUUGUGGAUGGGAUCCGUGAUUCUCACAGAGCCUACAGCUUUUGACGACCAUUUCAUUAAAAUAUUCAAUGAGGCAACCCCACCUGCCAAGUCACAGCUAGCUAUACGCUAUCGUUUUACUACCAACCUCUCAACGGUCUGGAAAUCUGUUUUGACUGCGUCCGAUGGCUUAGAAGAAGCCAUGCUGUCUUUAUCCAACUACAGUAAGAUCCAGCCACAAGACAGCCAUCAUAGCACCACGUUGGUGGCUAGCUGCAAUUUGACUUCUUCUACCACAGAAUUCAACCUGCUCUUAAUGCAGUUUCUACAAGAGGAGCUGUAUGCCCGUGAUACAGAUCAUCUUAGGAGACUACUUCAGAAAUCAUUCGACGAACUAUUGAAUUGUUUUCGAAACUUCCUUUCCACUGCAACCACACAUCGGUAUUUGUAUCUCUCCCAGAAUGUCUUUUGCCUGAAGUCACUUGCUUCCUACGUUCUCACGAUGUCAGCUAGACUUGCGACGGAAAGCAAGCCCUUUGAAAUCACCGAGUUACGGCAUAAAUUUCAGCAAGCUGCUGAAGCCUUUCCUUUCAGCGUUGACUGGUGCCAUCAGAUAUGCAGGUUGCUUGAUGACAUACUUAGAGAUGUGGACUCCAAUUUUUCCGAAUCAUCAGACGAACCUACAGAGAGCAUUCUACCGGACUUCCUCUUAGAAGACUAUACUGCGGCGUUCAGCGCCGGCAUCGAUGAGUUAUCACCUUCUUUGUCUCAUGAAUCCUUUGAAUCCAUUUUGACUGAGUCUCUGACGGGUUUUAGCGAACAAUUGGAUACAGGGUUUUCCCACCUUUUUCCAGAUUCCACCAGCAAUUCAACUGAAGGCGAAGCGGAUCUUGAGUUCAACGUCUUCGCAUGA